CAAGCGCCCGCGCGCCCCUCUUCCUCUCGCUCUCCAUGGACGGGGGAGCGGGGGGCGGCCCCGGGGUGCCCGGCUCGGAGAGCCCCAACCGGGCCGUGGAGUACCUGCUGGAGCUCAACAACAUCAUCGAGAACCAGCAGAAGCUGCUGGAGACGCAGCGGCGCCGGAUCGAGGAGCUGGAGGGGCAGCUGGAGCAGCUGAGCCAGGAGAACCGGGACCUGCGCGACGGCGAGAGAGAUAGAGAGCGGCACCGGGAGCGCGACCGCGACGGGCAGUACCACCACAAGGAGAGAGAGAGCCACUACCAGAACCGCGCCGACCGGGACGGGCAGUAUCAGAACCGGGAGAACCGAACGGACCGUGAUGUUCAGUACCCGAACCGUGCAGACCGCGAGAGCCAGUACCAAAGCAGAGCGGACCGGGAAGGGCAGAACCCGUAUCCGAACCGGGACAAGGAGCGAGAGCUGCAGCACUAUGGAAACCGGGACGGGCAGUACCAGAACCGGGAGAGCCACUACAGGGAAGCUUGCCAGCUGCAUCGAGAGCGGCCCCCGCAGUGCCACCCCGCUCGGGAGAAGGAGCACGAGUACCCUCGGGCCCCCCGGGAAAGGGAGAGGGGGCAGCUGAGCCGGGGAGCGUCCCGGAGUUCCAGCCCGGGAGCCGGAGGGGGCCACAGCACCAACGCCAGCACCAGCCCAGCCACGACCCUGCAGAGAAAGUCGGAUGGGGAAAAUUCAAGAACUGUCAGUGUGGAAGGAGACCCGCCUGGAAGUGAGGCAGGCACUAUUAUAGUGGACAGCCUGGGCAGUCAACCUCCAUAUCGUUGUGCCCCUGAGGUGACCAAGAUUGAGCACUACGAUUUGGCACCCUCUUCAUCGUCCUCCUCUGUCUGUCACACUCCAUCACCAGGCAUACCGUGGGCUCAGCGUGCUCGGCUGCAGCCGGCCAGUGUGGCGCUGAGAAAGCAGGAAGAGGAGGAGAGCAAGCGUUCCAAGGCACUGUCAGACAGCUAUGAGCUCUCGACAGACCUCCAGGACAAAAAGGUGGAGAUGCUGGAGCGGAAGUAUGGGGGCUAUUUCCUGAGCCGACGAGCAGCUCGCACCAUCCAAACAGCCUUUCGCCAGUAUCGCAUGAACAAGAAGUUUGAGCGUCUGCGAAGCUCGGCGUCUGAGAGCCGCAUGUCACGGCGCAUUAUCCUCUCCAAUAUGCGAAUGCAGUACUCCUUUGAGGAGUACGACAAGGCCCAGAAUGCCCCUUACUUUGAAGGCAAGCCAGCCUCACUGGAUGAGGGGACCAUGGCCGGUGCUCGACCUCAUCUGCUGGACCAUGGCCUACCCUAUGGUGGCUCCUGUCGGGCUGGCUUGGAUGGCAGCUCCCUGCAUUCCUCUUCGGGAGGCUUUUGCAAUGACAUCACUGAGCUAGAGGACUCCUUCUCCAAGCAGGUGAAGUCUUUGGCAGAGUCGAUUGAUGAAGCCUUGAACUGCCACCCACUGGGACAGGAGGGAGGGGCUGGCGGACCUUCCUUGGAAAAGAGUGAGUCCAAGGAGCAGCAGGGCGACAGUGCUGCCACUUCGUUCAGUGAUGUAACGCUGUACCUGGAUGAAGGAGCUCCCACGUCGCCCAUCUCUCUGGAGCGCCCACCCAGCACUGAACCACCUGAGCCCACCGCAGUGCCAAUCCCACCACCACCGCGGCCAGAGUACUGGGGUGGGCCACAGCGAGAGGACAGCCGCGAGAACGGUGGCAGCCGGCGCAGCACGCCUUGUAUGGAAUGCAGGGACUACCGACUGCGCGGGGCCCACCUCCCGCUGCUCACCAUCGAGCCUCCCAGUGACAGCUCCGUGGAUCUAAGCGACCGCUCCGAUCGAGGUUCCCUCAAUAGGGGUCUCAUAUUUGAGCAAGAUGGUUGCAGUCCCCACGGCACCCUCAAGCACCCUGGUGGACCCGCCCGUUCCCCACACCCACACCGGCAUUAUCACCCUGAACAAAACCAGCCACCCCCACCUCUGCCUGUACCGCCCCCUCAAGUCCCUGGGCGCUUGCCCCCACCUCCACCGCCGGACAACUCUGAUGGGGACAACGACAGCCUCAACAGCACCACCAACUCCAACGAGACCAUCAACUGCAGCUCGGGCUCCUCCUCCCGCGACAGCCUGCGCGACCCUCCCCCGCCCGCCCCAGCUGCCUCCUCAGCUCCCGGGGCCCCCUGCAAACAGACCUACCAGCGGGAGACACGGCACAGCUGGGACUCUCCUGCCUUCAACAACGAUGUUGUGCAGCGUCGCCAAUACCGCAUCGGCCUCAAUCUCUUCAACAAGAAACCAGAGAAGGGAAUCCAGUAUUUGAUUGAGAGAGGCUUCCUGUCAGACACACCGGUUGGCGUGGCACGCUUUAUCCUGGAGCGGAAAGGGCUGAGCCGGCAGAUGAUUGGUGAAUUUCUUGGUAACCGGCAAAAGCAGUUCAACCGGGACGUACUGGAUUGUGUGGUAGACGAGAUGGACUUCUCCAACAUGGACUUGGAUGAUGCUUUGCGAAAGUUCCAGUCUCAUAUUCGGGUGCAAGGCGAGGCACAGAAAGUGGAGCGCCUUGUUGAGGCCUUCAGCCAGCGCUACUGUGUGUGCAAUGCCCCCUUGGUGCGCCAGUUCCGGAAUCCAGACACUAUCUUCAUCUUGGCUUUUGCCAUCAUCCUUCUUAAUACCGACAUGUACAGCCCCAGUGUCAAGGCAGAGAGGAAGAUGAAGCUAGAUGACUUCAUCAAAAAUUUGCGAGGGGUAGAUAACGGCGAGGACAUUCCCCGUGACCUACUGGUAGGGAUUUACCAGAGAAUUCAGAGUCGGGAGCUGCGCACCAGUGAUGACCACGUGUCUCAGGUCCAAGCAGUGGAGCGAAUGAUUGUGGGCAAAAAGCCGGUUCUCUCUUUGCCCCACAGGCGCCUGGUUUGCUGCUGCCAGCUGUAUGAGGUCCCUGACCCCAACCGGCCCCAGAGGCUUGGGCUACACCAGAGGGAGGUCUUCCUGUUCAAUGAUUUGUUAGUGGUGACAAAGAUAUUCCAGAAGAAGAAGAUCCUUGUGACCUACAGUUUCCGCCAGAGCUUCCCUCUUGUUGAGAUGCAGUUGCAACUCUUCCAGAAUUCAUAUUACCAGUUCGGGAUUAAACUGCUCUCAGCUGUUCCUGGUGGGGAGAGGAAAGUCCUGAUCAUCUUCAAUGCCCCCAGCCUGCAGGAUCGGUUGCGCUUCACCAGUGACUUGCGGGAAUCCAUUGCUGAAGUGCAAGAGAUGGAGAAGUACCGUGUGGAAUCGGAGCUAGAGAAGCAAAAAGGAGUGAUGCGCCCCAAUGCCUCCCCCUCAUCUGGGCCCAAGGAUGCUGUGAAUGGGACCCUGACUCGCAGUAGCCUGGAGGAUGCCUACACUGUGGGAGAAGGGCUGAAGCGUAGUGCCCUCAGCAGCUCCCUUCGUGACCUCUCUGAUGCUGGCAAGCGGGGCCGCCGUAACAGCGUGGGAUCCUUGGACAGCACAAUUGAAGGGUCUAUUAUUAGCAGCCCACGCCCUCACCAGAGAGUACCACCGCCUCCCCCUCCCGAGGAGUACAAGCCCCAGCCUCGGCCCCCCUCAAACUCAUCGUCUUUCCUGGGCUCCCUUUUUGGCAGCAAGCGUGGGAAGGGCCCCUUUCAGACGCCCCCUGGCCAGGCCUCAGCCUCCUCCUCCUCAGCCUCUUCCUCUCACCACCACCACCCUCAUCACAGCCACCCGUCCCUCCCGGAUGGCAGCCAGUCCAAGCUGCAGGCUCUCCAUGCCCAGUACUGCCACGGCCCCUCUGCCCAGCCCCCUCCUCCCUACCCCCAGCAGCCCCCUCCUCCCCAGCAGCCAGCCCCACCCCCGCCACCACUAGCCCUGCCCUCCAACCCCCUGCCUCCCCAGGUCCAGCGCUACCACCACUCCCAGCAGCCCCCGCUCUCCGCCCCACCACAGAAGCAGGCGGUCCCGGCUUUCCCCACCCCACAGCCUCACCACCACUACACCCUCGGCCGGCCCGUCCAGCAGAAACGCGCCCACCAGAUGGCGGCUGCUGCUGCUGCUGCUGCUGCCUCCCAGCACCCCCCUUUCCUCCAUGGGCGCCAGCCCACCUCACCGCUGCCCCUUUACAGCCCUGCCCCCCAGCAUGCCCUGGCGCACACUUACCCUCAGCAGCUGCAUCAGUCUGGGGUCAGCGGGCAGCACACCCUGCAUAGGCCCCAGGCCCCAAAGCACUUUAUCUUCAGCCACCACCCUGCCCAGCUCAUGCAGCGGCCGCCUCCGCCUCCUGGCAUGGGGCCCUACCCUGGACACCAUGGCCACCCUCUGCAUCCUGCUCAGCAGCACCAUGGCCAGCCUCCGAUGCCCCCUCCCCACUCCCCCAUUCCCCCGCACCCUUCCUACCCACCCCUCCCCCCUCCGUCACCUCACACUCCCCUCAGUCCCCACUCUCCAGCUGCCCCUACCUCCCCACUGCCCCAGCACAUCACCAUGCACCAGGGGGGCUCCCAAGCCAUGCCCUCCCAAGGGCCUCCCAACCCAAAACAGAAGCCGGUGAACAGAAUCAGCACCGUCGUGUGAGGAACACCGCCACCACGGAGUUGAUAGGUUAUAAAUAUAUAAAUAUCAGAGCUCGGGGCUUCUCCCAUCACAGCUGUGAGGUGGUCAGGAGGGGUGGGGGCCAGUGGGUGUCUAGACCUUUUUGGCCGUUCCCCUUCUUCCUCCCCACUCCAUACCCCAUCCCUCUUUUUCCUAGGAUCAGAACUGAGAGAGGGCAUCCUUCCAACCAAUGCCUCGGAAAGGAAGAAAUCGGGAUCUGCAACCCCACUCGUGGCCUGAGGGUGGCGCCACUUAGCACUUGGGCUUUUCUGUUCCCUUCGUGUCACCCCUCCCCCUUUCUGGUCAGAAAAUGGGGUGUCUGAGGACUAUGCGGCAACUUUUCAGAGACGUGUUGAAAACGUGAGGUGCAAGAGAGGGGAAAACUCUUCCGCAUUUGCGCAGCCAUUGUGGUCUGUUGUCACACAGAGUGUUUCCGCUUGGACUCUUCCCUAAAUGUGCUGCAGGUGGAGAUGGUAUGAUGUAUGUAUACCUCAUUCAUGCAAACAGCAUGCGAAGCAGCAAAACUGUUUCCGGGUGGUCUAAAAAACCAGAUGCCAGGGAGGAUUCUGACCUCUUCCCU